AUGGGUACCAAUCAAUCAAAACGACAUCCACGCUUCCUGACAUGUACAUGGGACGAUUUUCUAGCCGAUAUGAAAGAAAUCAACAGAAAUUAUCGCAGCCUCCUUGUGGAAAACGACGAGUACUUGGCAUUCGCUCUUCGAUCAUUGGACUUCGAGCGAGGAUCGUUUGAAAAUUGGAAGUCUGAGAUCAAAAUUCUGUGCUGCAAGAUCAAUGUAGCUUCGAAGAUGGUGGUGUCAUAUAAGGAGCUGACGUUUCGGGAGUUCCUGUCGACGUACGAUCUGCACAAACUGAUGAUCACCACCAAGGAAAGCAGAAAAAGAAGUGUGGACCCAAUGUCGACGAGUCAGUUUAUUCUGACACAAACAUCCGACGUCGAGGGUAACUGUGUCAUUUGCAUGGAAAACAUCAAUGAUUUGUUGCUUCCCUGCCUUCAUGCAUUUUGCAUCCGUUGUAUUGCCAAUGAGAUGGAGUAUCGCCACGAUUUCUCUUGCCCUAUUUGCAAGACCAAAAUCAAGAAUCCUAUUGAUGACUCUUGGGAAGUUCCCGAUGCUCCCAAUCAGUCAGAGGUGAAUGCCUAUCUGAAGGAGGUGGCUCGAGACCUCUAG